CCGAGAACCCCGCCAGGUGGGGUAAAAAGCGACUCAGAUUGGAAGCUCGUCGAAACCGAACCCACUGCCGCUGUUGCUCCGUUGCUACUGCUUGGUUGCUGGUGCACCUGGUGCUCCUCCUCGGUGCUUUGCUCAUUUUAGCUUACCCCUCGUUCGCUUUCCUCCACUUCUUCCCUCCCUCAAUCCCUCUCUCCCUCCCUCUCGCUCUUUCUCCUGUUCCUUCUCCCGUCCAUCUCUUGCUUUCCUCACCAGUUUCUGAAUCCCCAGAUAUCAAAUUCCCCCACAACCGUCAAAAUGGUCAAGGCUGUCGCUGUUCUCCGUGGAGACUCUAAGAUCUCCGGCACUGUCACCUUCGAGCAGGCCGAUGAGAACACUCCCACCACCAUCUCCUGGAACAUCACUGGCCACGACGCCAACGCUGAGCGUGGCUUCCACGUUCACCAGUUCGGUGACAACACCAACGGCUGCACCUCCGCUGGCCCUCACUUCAACCCCUUCGGCAAGACCCACGGUGCUCCCGAGGACUCCGAGCGCCACGUCGGUGACUUGGGUAACUUCAAGACCGAUGCUGAGGGUAACGCCGUCGGCUCCAAGCAGGACAAGCUUGUGAAGCUCAUCGGUGCUGAGAGCGUCCUGGGCCGGACCCUGGUCGUCCACGCCGGCACUGAUGACCUCGGCAAGGGUGGUAACGAGGAGUCCAAGAAGACCGGUAACGCUGGUCCCCGCCCUGCCUGCGGUGUCAUUGGUAUCGCCGCUUAAGUGCAUUUAUAAUAGUGUUAUGUUGUCAAUUUAGGUCUGAAAGGCUUAACCAGAAUGGAAAUAGUCUGCUAUUGUCCGAUUGAUGUCAUGAAACAGAUUGAAAUGCAUGAAUGACUUGAUGCGAGUAAUCCAGGCG